UCAUCGUCCAAUAUCGAAUUACAUCGCCGUAUAUUGUAUUCCUUUGUAAACCGCACAACGAAAGAGCCCAAUUUGAACAAACUGUGAAUUAGCGAGUAACGCGAGAGAGAAAUGGCAGACAGAAUUACUGUGGACGAGGCUCUUGCAAAACUGGGAGGUUUCGGCCUAUUCCAAUGGCUAAUCUACCUAGGCGCAAGUAUUGCAGAAAUGGCUGUUACCCAUCAAAUAUUUCUGUUGACAUUUAUUGCCGCAGAGCCAAAAUGGGUUUGUAAGAAUGAGAGUGUAAUAUGCAAUUUCACCAAGUCUAUAGGAUUGAAUGAUGAUGAUUAUGAGGCUAGAUGUGAUAUGCCCAGAUCGGAGUGGAAAUUUGCUGAUGAUUUUACGUCCAUCGUAACGGAGUUUGAUUUAGUGUGUGAUGACUCGAUCCUCGCCACAGUUGCCAGUAUGUUUAUUUUCGCGGGAUGGAUUAUCGGUAGCGUACUGUUUGGUUUUCUCUCGGAUAGAUUUGGGCGUAAAGUAGCGUUUUUGUCUUGUGUCAUAAACAUCAGCGUCGUCGCCCUUAUUGGCGCUUUUGUUAACGCCCUAUGGCAGUUCAUCAUAAUCAGAUUUUUUGUUGGAGUUGGCAUUGGUUGUUCCGCAUCGCUGUUCAUUAUUCUCAGUGAAUUCUCAGGCGUUAAGCACCGAGGCACCAUGGGAGUUAUUUUCUGGUUUUCGUUUAUAUUUGGAUUAUGUAUACUACCGUUGUAUGCGCACAUCAUCCGAGAUUGGCGGAAGUUGACAAUCCUCACAAGUUGCCUUGGAUUCCCUGCUUUUAUUGUUUGGUGGAUAUUUCCGGAAUCAGUGCGUUACUAUUUGAUCAGAGGGAAGGAGGAUGAAGCACACGAGGUGUUGGAGAGAGUUGCAAAAUACAACAAAAAACCCAUCAUUAAGGACAAGCUGGAACAAGUUGAGGAAGAACAGAAAUCUUCACUGAAAGAUUUGUUUGCCACUCCAACGAUCAGGAAACAUACAUUGUUGUCCUGUUUUAUAUGGUGUGUUGAGGCAAUUGUAUACUAUGGCGUGUCAUUUGCUUCCGUUUUACUUGGUGGCAAUAUCUAUCUAAGUUUUUUUAUCAUCAACUCAAUGGAGAUCCCAUCAACUAUAUUUGCAAUUUGGACAGUUGAAAGAUUCGGUCGAAAGAAGACGACAUUAUGGGGCAUGGUUGUGGCUUGCGUUGCCUCAAUCCUUGGCGUCGUGUUCAGGAUGCAUCAGGACAAUCUCUAUGAUGGUUACUGGAUCAUGACGGUGAUUAUGGCUAUGCUUUCUAAGGGAUUUAUCAAUCUUUCCUUCAUUGGUGUUUGGGUGUGGUCAAACGAGCUUUUCCCGACAGUUGUAAGAAACACUGGAAUGGGAACAACAAACGGUUUAGCCAGAGUUGGAUCAUUCCUAUCUGGAUAUGUGAUUUGGUUGACUCGUAUUCAUCCGCUCAUUCCUUAUUCUAUUUUUGCAACCAUGGCGUUCUUUGCAAGUUGUGCUUGCUUAAUGUUGCCAGAAACAACUGGGCAGCCAACACAGGAAGUCAUAUCGGAGGAUCAAGUUCCAGCUCAAGAAAUUAAACUGAUAGAUAAUAUCGAUAAAAGCUCGCCCACUCUUCUUCAUAAGAAUAAAAUGUCUGUUUAAAAUCUGUACAGACGAUCAACGUAACUUUAUGAUUGAAAAAAUAAAUUACAUAUUUUUUCAAUAAACUCAAUUGAUUUUUUGUACAAGAAUGCACUUUUGCUAUUUUUGCAGCCAUGACGCUCUUUGGAAGUUGUGCUUCCAACACAGGAAGUCAUAUCGGAGGUUCAAGUGACAGAUUUAAUUCACUCUGUUCGGGCAAGUUUAGUUUUUCAGUCUUUUAGUUAUUUUGCCUACCCUCAUUUCCUUGCCGCCGCUUGUAUGAAGC